AAGCGCUCCUUUCCUAUCUGAGCUUCAGAAAAGAUUUUGUCUUCCAGAAGUCUCCGGUUUUCCCAGAGAAUUGAAAAGACCUUUCCCGAACCAGCCACACCAAUUCUGCUGCAGGAAAGUUCCCUUCUCUUUUGCAACUUAACAUUGGGAAAAUGACUUUCUCUUCUACCUCUCAAUUUCCUCUAAAUUUUGGCAAGUGAAGAGACAUCUAUCUGGUUAUCCAAUAGGACACAAGGCGGAACCCCUCACUCCCCACGGCAAACUUCCAUUCCGCGUAGUUGCUUUGCGUAUGACUUAUUUGCUCGGAAGAGCCAAGGUGCAGAGCGGGUUCAUACAUCAGCCACGCACAAGUCGUGAAAGGCCCCGAGAGUUCGGCGCCUCCCCCCUGCCGGCGGGGAAUGAAGUCCUGCAAGCCCUGCAACGCGGCGGCGGGAGCGCGUGCCGCGCCCCCUUGCGCGGGUGGUGCCGAGUGCGCGGGCACGUGCGCCGGGGCCGGGCGGCUGGAGAGCGCGGCGCGCAGGCGCCUAGCGGCAAACGCGCGCGAGCGCCGCCGCAUGCAGGGGCUCAACACGGCCUUCGACCGCUUGCGCAGGGUGGUGCCCCAGUGGGGCCAGGACAAAAAGCUGUCCAAGUACGAGACCCUGCAGAUGGCGCUGAGCUACAUCAUGGCUCUGACCCGCAUCCUGGCCGAGGCUGAGCGAUUCGGCUCGGAGCGGGACUGGGUCAAUCUCCACUGUGAGCACUUCGGCCGAGACCACUACCUUCCAUUCGCGGGCGCGAAGUUGCCAGCAGAGACCGAGCCCUACGGCCAGAGGCUCUUCGGCUUCCAGCCCGAGCCCUUCCCGAUGGCCAGUUAGGUCGCGCGGCCGGGUCGGAAUGAGACGCGCAGUGAUCCGCAUUCUGGAGCUGUAGCCCUACCCACUCGGUGGCAUAGGAUGGACACAUUCUUAGAAUAAAAUUAGGAAAUUUCCAGGUUACUUUUCGCAUCUCUAGUCCUAGGGAGGCAAUGCUUUUAUUGCUUUUCUUUUUUCCUCCUUAUUAUGUUGUAGAUUUCAUUAAUGCAUCUUGGAAUAGUUUUGAUUGCUGAGAAUAAUGCUCCCUUCCCCCUUUCUGGGCGACUUUGAGGGAAAACAAUGUAAGAAAAAAUAGAAUUGGGUUAUACUUCAGGUUUAGUUUUCAAUUCCUUAGACUUAGUAAGUUUGUCCUGUUAGGGUGAAGUUACAGUAUCUCUUACCUGUGUAUGCUUAAUACAGAGCUGCCUUCCUGUCUUGUAAAUGCGUUUAUGCCUAGUGUAUUGUGUGUGCAUGCAUGAAGUAGACUUCUUUUUUUCCUUUGGUAGAAUACGUGGGUGUGAGUGCUCUGUAUUUUUUAAAAUUGUGUAUACAUUAUUGUAAUAUACAUUUUGUAAAAUAGAAUUAAAAACUUGGGUUUGCUUUUCAUACCAGGUGCCCUGCCAGUUUUCUGAUGGCACUGGAGGCCUAUUUGUUUGGCGGUUGGUGACAUCGAGUGCUUACCUGAGUAAAGAUGUAUUAAAUGUAACCCCAGCAAUUGGCAAAGCGCUGUUUUGUAAUGCUUCAUCAAAAAAAGACAAGCUGAUGAGCGUACAAGUAAUUAAUUUGAAAGUUUUCUCUGUCAACUUGGAAAUAGAUAUAUUUUUCAUGGUUUUUAAAAAGAUUAAUGGAAAUAAUAUUCAACUUUUAAACAGCUAGAUACACAGUUCCUUAAUCUUUUACUUUCCUUAUUAAGCCAGUUGCUAACUACUAAUUCCUUACAAGUAUUCAAAUAUAUAUAUUUGCUCAUAUAUAUAUUGAAUAUAUGCAUAUUUGGCUUUUGGAGGUGAUUUGCUUUUAAUCAGUACCAGUUGAGCAAUAAGGGCUUCACUACCACCAAGGCUAAUCAAAAAAGCAGUAAUAUAAUACACGUGGUAUUGGUUUGAAUUACUUUUAUAAGUUUGCUUAAGCAUUGGAGGAAUAAGCCAAGCCUUUAAUGUAAAGAAUGACUUGGUCAACAGACUGCAUGCUUUUCGGUGAAUGUCUUGCUAAUAACUGGAAAAAGCAAGACUCUUAAGUUAUCUGUGCCUUUGGAACUUGUCGCAAGUUAACAAUAACAUUUCCCAAACCCUUUUUAUAAUAUUAUGG